CACGCUCGCUAGCUUGACCCGGCUGUAUGUAAAAGAGUUUAGGGGUCACACAAUCCUCAUAAUGAGUCGACGGUAUCAGCGCAGGAUGUCUGACACCGCUCAGCACGUAGUGGCACAUUGUUAUGUGGGUUUUGAUUGACGACAUGAAAACUUGAAAACGCUUAGCUGGCAGACGGACAAGUUGCGCCUGCGCCCUAAACCUGCGUUUUUUCCAGCUUGAGGUAUGUUGCUUUGCUUGAAAAUCAGCAGCUGCUGCACAGAGCAGAGGAACAGGCAAAGUGCAAUCUCUCAGCGACUCACACGGACAACACACAGCGGCAGUCCGGGGUCGUCGUGGAUCCCAGUGAGGCUGGACUCGGUCGUUUUUCAGUCAUUUUCUGCGGUGCCAGUCGCCUGAUGUGGAAGCCGCUUUCUCCCGUGCGUUUUGGAUAAUCUCCCCCACAGCCAGCUCCACGUAUUGAGAUGAUCUAUUUUUGUGAUGGCGAAGGGUCUGUUUCCACGGGCCUGGGUGAAAAAGUCCUUCUACUUUCAGGCUCGGAUCUCCUUUGUGCGGGUGAAGUACCUGUUCCUGACAUGGCUGACUGUGCUCGUGGGAAGCUGGGUGCUCUAUGUGCAAUACUCCACCUACACAGAACUGUGCAGAGGACACGAGUGCAAGAACGCCAUUUGUGAUAAGUACAGGAGGGGAAUCAUCGAUGGUUCGGCCUGCAGCAGUCUGUGCGACAAAGAAACGCUCUACAUGAGCAGAUGUCUGUCGACGCUGCCCAACAACCAGGUGUACACGGGAAGCUGGGGAGAUCACGAUGGCAUCAUCCGCUGUAAGCUGGGGGAGGUUGUGCACUACGAGCUGGGUGAAGAACCGGAGCCACGGAGAGAAGCUCCAGUGUUUGACAAACCCACCAGAGGAACCUCAGUGGAGAAGUUCAGAGAGAUGGUCUUUAAUCACCUCAAGUCCAAGCUGGGAGAGCAGGCCAACCUCGCCAGCCUCGUCAGCCAGAUCCUCUCUGUCGCCGAUGGCAACAGAGACGGGCGGGUGUCGCUGCCAGAAGCUCGAUCUACAUGGGCCCUCCUGCAAAUGGACGAGGUGCUGCUGGGUUUGCUGCUCCAGGACCGUGGACACACUCCUCGUCUCCUCGGCUACUGUGGAGAUCUGUACAUGACGGAGAGGAUCGCCUACGGGCCGCUGUAUGGUUUGUCUCUGCCCUGGCCUCUUGUGUCCUGGGUGCCCAGUGGUUUACAGCGCACCAUGGACCAGUGGUUCACCCCCUCCUGGCCUCGCAAAGCCAAGAUCUCCAUGGGCCUGCUGGAGCUGGUGGAGGACAUCUUCCACGGCACCUACGGCAGCUUUCUGAUCUGCGACCUCGCCGCGGCUCAUUUCGGUUACACCAACGGCCACGAGCUGCGUCUGACCAACACUAGAGCGGUGGUUCCUGAGGACGAGUUCAGGCGCACCAUGCGAGCGCUGAGGUGUGAGUCGGACGCUGACUGUGUUUAUGGGGUCGACUGCCAAACCUCGUGUGACUUGUCGGAGAAACGGUGCAGGGAGGAGCCGGUCCAGCCCAACCUGGCGAAGGCGUGCGGUACGCUGAAGGACUACCUCCUGCGUGGGGCGCCGUCGGGGAUGAGAGAGGAGCUGGAGAGGCAGCUGUACGCCUGCAUGGCUCUCAGAGGUAAUGCUGGACAGAUGAACAUGGAGCACUCGCUUAUCCUGAACAACCUGAAAGCUCUGCUGUGGAGACAGAUCUCACACACCAAGGACUCGUGACGAGGAGAGAAGUUCUUUUUAAGUCAUAUCAGUCAGUUCUUCACUCAGAGCUGAGCGUUAAAGAUGCUGUGAUUUACAAGUAGCAACAUUAAUGAAGUCUUUUUAUCAACUUCUAACACUUAUGAAUGGUCAGACUGAUGGACCUACCUCCUCUAUCCCAAUUUUAGAAGUUUGGGGCCUGGAAAACUUGUUUAAAUACUUUGAGAAGACUUAAACUGAAUGAUUGCAUGUUGCCAUCAGUCACAUUUGUCACACAAACACAUGAUAUUGUAUUGUUCACCACAGUGGAAUGUUACGAGGACACUCCUGGAUAAACAGUCACAGGUUUUACUUUGUCUGAAGAGCUGAGAGGUUGCAUUGCUGUUUCUGUUACCAUCAAAUGCAAGAGUUCCAAAAUCAGUGACUAAGCUCCAAUUUUUAGCAUGAAAUUAAAAGUUUCUACUAAGAUCCAUAACAUAAUCAGGGAGUUUACCUUUGCUGGAUGUGGUUGACAGUAUUCUGUUAUUUUUACUCUUUUUAGCAAAUCCAAUCAAAGGACCAAACCCAACAGUUCAACAUUUUUUUUAGAUUUUACUGCACCAUCAGAAAAAAUAACUCAAUUAAAACGAAUAGGGUUAAUUGAAUUCCUAAAAUAGCUGCCGUGCACUUGUUUCUAGCAGAGGUUACCUAAAAAAAGAGUGCAUUUGUUGCAAAUUAAAACAAAUUCGUUACACGAGUCGGCUCAAAAUAGUCAUGUUCCUCGUGAUGAAGGAAUGAGUCGCCCACUUAAGCUGAUGUAUUUAAUCGCUUAUAGAUGACAAUGAUGACCUAAAACGUCACAUUUUUUGCACAAAUUCUACAAUUACAUUACUAAUAGUAGAACCAGUGAGACAGAAAUAGUACACUUUGUUAUUUAUAUAUUGGGGAAAAAAAGCAUUCUCUAUGAUCUAUCAAAACUUGAUCUUUACAACGCUUCAUCAUCACAUCAUGUCAUGAACAAAGGCGAUUAGAGAGGACCUCAGAAAAAGAGUCCACUGAUGAUCAUCAGGCUGUAAAAGGUUGCACUACGUGUCCACUAAUCCAGAGAUUGAACACAAAUGGAGCGGUCGACCAACAAAGAUCACGCUAAAGCAAGGAGUCUGUGAGGUCAAAAAGGAAUCCAGGGUAACAUUUAAAGGAGUACAGGAGGGUUUGUGUCCAUGCCCAGUUUGCAAAAUAUCACAUGGACAAGCCAGAGGGCUGUUGGAAAAAUGUUGAUUCAAUUCCACUUUAUUGGUUUAAAUGAGGGCUGCACAGUGUUGUAGUGGUUAGCACUUUCGCCUUGCAGCAAGAGGAUCCCCGGUUCAAAUCCCAGCCUGGGCCUGGGAUCUUUCUGCAUGGAGUUUGCAUGUUCUCCCUGUGCAUGCAUGGGUUUUCUCCGGGCACGCCGGCUUCCUCCCACAGUCCAAAAAUAUGCUGAGGUUAAUUGAUUAUUCUAAAUUGCCCGUAGGUGUGAAUGUGAGUGUGAUUGUUUGUAUAUGUAGCCCUGUGACAGACUGGCGACCUGUCCAGGGUGUCCCCUGCCUUCGCCCGAGUCAGCUGGGAUGGACUCCGGAAAAAAGGGAAAAACUGCAUUCAGGCAAAACAUGGUGGAGGCAGUAUCAUAGCUCGGGCAUGCCUGGCUGUGUUUGAUCAGCUCGUCAUUGUCAACAGAACAUUGAAUUUUAAAUUAUACCUGCCAAUUCUAAAGGUGAAGACAUCUGUCCACAUGAAUUGAAUUUAAGGGAAAGUUGGUCAUGCAGGAAGACAAUGAUCCUGAGUUGUUCUACCAAAGAAUGGUCAACAGAGAGUAAAGUCAGUUUUUUUGUUACGGUCAAGUCAAAGUUUGGACAAUAAACCAGUAGAAAUGUGAUUGUAGAACCUUAAGCUAGCAGUUUGCACGAGGAAAUCCACCAAUAUUUGAGCUGAAAUUGUUCCGUGUGAAGGAAUGAACUCAAAUUCAUCAAAAGUUACCGGAGUCAUUUUGUUAUGCAGAGGUUUUCAUACUUUUGCUAAACAUAGAAGCAUCAUACUAGAUCAUUUUUCUAUUAAUAAGUGACAAAGUUUCAUACUUUUAACUGGGCUCUAUUUAUUUUUAGAGGACGUCUGUGAAACUUCCACGUAGUUUCAGGAAUAUUAUGCAGAGGGUUCAGACAGUUUUACAAUUUCAUUCAGCAGCCACUUUUAUCUUCUCCAAAACGACGUACAUCUGGAAGCAGAUCGCUGUUGGUUUUGGUCUUUUCAGAGGAUUAGCUGACAACAAAAACCUUUAACAAGUUCAGAUUAAUGACACGUUAAGAAAAAAACUUGAAUUAUUAGUGAAGAAAUUUAACAUCCUCCUGGAGAAGCUGGCUUUGUUGUUACUCAUUUGUAUGAUAAACCGAAGCAGUUCAUGAACUUCCAGGUGGACAAAGACGAUGAAGGUUUUCUACAGGAGUCUUGCUGUGUCAGUGUACUUCACAAAGCUGUGCAUCUCCAACCCGUAACCCUAGUGACGUCAUCAAUGCUGCAUCAAUGACACGAAGAAAAAAAAUUAAUGUAUUUAAUUUGUGAAUGUUAAAUAUUUGUAUUUUACACCGAGAAGAGCAUUUGUGGUAUUGAACUCUCAUUAUUUUUGGAUGUCAUAGUGCCAUCGAGAUCUGAGAUGAAAUCACUUCAUGAAUGUUUUGGUGGAGAUAUCGAUUCAGUCUCAUGAUCGCAUUUGAAGCUGUACAAGAGAAUAUUUUCCACGACACCUUCUGGACGUUUGUUGACAUGUAUUUACCGACUCCAGUUAACAACCGGACUUUAACCACUUGGAUGCAGACAGACGUGACCUGUGAAGCAUGUCGAGCUUGUGGUCAGUGCUGCUGUUUUUAAAAUGUAUAAAAUGUUUACUUAUUGAAGAAACCAGCAUGACUUUGCACAAUCAAACGUUGUACCACUUCACUGUAACUUGUCAGAUCUGUUUUUCUGGUUUGUCAGAAGGUGUCAAACACGCUGUAAGUCAUUUCCAUCCUCUGACGCAUAAUGUGGAUUAAAGAUUAUCACAGUAAA